CCACCCAUCUUUUAACUUGCUUCUUUCUUGUUGGAUCAUGUUUUGUUUUUCAAAUUUUGACGUGGGUAACAAGUGUUUUCUAACUUACAGAGAUGUGAUUAAUGGGUUACAUUAGAUUGAGGUGAAAAAGGAUUUGAAUGUUUUUUUUUUCGAUUUUAGUUUGGGUAACAUGCUCUAGGGGUUAGACAAUUUUUGGUGCUGAGAGAAGCCAAUGGAAAGAACUUUGUCAAAGAAAGGAAAUGGAGAAAGACAAAGCUAGAGGAGAUAUAUUUUCCAUGGGAAGGUAGCUAAAGUUGUCUGUUGCUGAGGCAGUGAGCUUUUCAAGAGCUUGAUUGGAAGAGAGAGAGAGGGUUAAACAGAGAAGAUUUUGCCUUCUUCAAGCUGCAAAAUGCCACCAGUUCCUCUUGCCCCAUAUCCAACUUCAUCAGCACCAUAUACACCACCUGCUAAUGCUGCACAAAGCCAGCUGGUGUGCUCCGGAUGCAGAAACCUUUUGCUUUAUCCAGUUGGGGCAACCUCUGUUUGCUGUGCAGUUUGUAAUGCAGUUACUGCCGUACCGCCUCCCGGCACAGAAAUGGCACAAUUGGUGUGUGGGGGCUGCCAUACUCUUCUCAUGUACAUCCGCGGUGCUACAAGCGUACAAUGUUCUUGUUGCCAUACCGUCAACUUAGCUUUGGAAGCGAAUCAGGUGGCGCACGUCAGCUGCGGGAACUGCAGGAUGCUACUGAUGUAUCAGUAUGGCGCGCGCUCGGUGAAGUGUGCAGUAUGCAAUUUUGUGACAUCAGUUGGGAUGUCGACAAGCGCAAGCGCGAUCGAUCAGAAAGCCUAAUAUCUGAAGUUAUCGUAAUCUUGGUUGUCUCAAAUUCAACAACUACGGCUAUGCAACAUUCGUAAAAAUGCCCUCCCACCGUGUUUGCGACUCGACAAAUGGAGGUUCUUCUUGAUAUUCACUUGUAUAGAGCUGUGUUUCUGCGCGUGAACUUUAAAUGUUGCGUUUUUCGUCGUCUUCACAGUGCUUGAAUGAUAUUUGUAUGAUUUAAUUAGUUUUUGGCCUCCUAUGGCCAACAUUUCAUACUAUGCUGAGUGUAAUAUAACUGUUGGAUAAAGAUGGAUUUUGGUUUCUUCUUCU